AUUAAUAUGGCGACGUUCUUUGGUGAAGUUUUGCCCGUAAGUUCUCGAGCCGUGGACGAAGAAGAAGAAAAAGAUGUGCCGGUCGAAAGACUGUAUAUGGAGAAGCAAAUUGGUUUACAGAAAUGUAAUUUGUUCGUAUUUAGUAUAGGAAGUAAUGCUUCUACAUUCAACGAGAUUUACGUUCUUCCUCAGGAUGCUCAAUUGUUGACACACGUGAGAGGUGAAACAAUAAUAGAAGAUAACCAGGAAGAAUAUAUGGGUUUAUCUUAUAGAAAAUCAUCGAAAUUAGUCGGUUCUCUUUAUCGUAAGGGAUCGGUUCUGUUUUUUAUUUGCAAAGAAAGAAUACGAGCGGAACAAGCAUUUCCUCUGGCUAAGCAGCUGAUCGAUUCGAUCUCAUCAUCAUGUGUUCUGGUUCUGUGUGAUUACUACUUUUCGGAGUAUAAACAUAAUUUCACCGAAAUUUUGCAGAUUCCUUUCUUGAGAUGUCUUCGAACGUCAAAGUACAAUGAUAAAGAAGUGAAUUUUCCUCUAUUAAGGCAACCAAAUACGGUUUCGGGAUUCGAAGCUGCGAUAUUGACGGAAUGCGAAGUUAAGAAUAUUCCCGCCGAAUUGAUUGUCUGCUACACUGAUCAGUGUUGUCUCGAUGUGAAUUGUGUUAAAUCGUUUCUAAAAAUUUUUUCGAUUCCUCACGUACGAAGUAAUUCUCUUGGCCCUAACCCAGAUGCUGAUAGACAGUUAAAGGAACUUUUCAUCAAUAGAUUAAAUUUUUCUGAUACUUUGUAUAUAUAGAUUUUUCAUAAUGACAUGGUUUUGAAAACAAAUUAACAGAAAAAAAUUUGUAUGUUUAUUAAAUCAAUUAGUCAAGUAAAUAUAUUCUGAAUUAUUUAUGAUU